AUGAAACGUGUCAGCAAAAUUAAGGGAGAAUAUACGUGUUCGGAUUUGGAUGCGAGAUUUGCAAAGGUUUGUGGGGUUUUGGGGGGGAAUUUUCCAGUUUUUCAAGAAAAUUAGCAAAAUUUGAGUUUCUGACAAAAUUUUUCAGUUCUAGAAACCUGAAAAAUGGGCCUAGACAAGCCUAGCUUUAGGCCUCAAAUUCGCCUAGAAGUUUAGAAAAACUUAGCCUAAAUGAGCCUAAGUUUCAGCUCCAAAGAAUUACUAGAAAAAAACGUUUUUUUUUCUCGAAAAAAAUUAACUGUUUCAAAAUGUUUACAUUUGAAAUAUUAUUUUUCAAUUUUUAAUUUCUAUAGUAACAAAAAAUAAAAAUAAAAAAGUGGGCCGAACCGGGGAUUGAACCCGGGACCUCUCGCACCCAAAGCGAGAAUCAUACCACUAGACCAUUCGGCCACGUUUUAAAUCUAUUGAAAAUUUCCAGGUUAUCUUAUCUUAUGGGAAAAUUGGAUAAAAUCUCAUAAGAAAUCCCAGCUUCCGUAAGAUAAGCUAAAUUUAUGAUGGAUUUAGAGCGUGGCCGAAUGGUCUAGUGGUAUGAUUCUCGCUUUGGGUGCGAGAGGUCCCGGGUUCAAUCCCCGGUUCGGCCCACUCUUUUUUUGUUUUUAUUUUUUGUUAAUACAUAUAAAAUUAAAAAUUGAAAAAUAGUAUUUCAAAAGUGUAAGUUUUGAAACAGUAAAUUUUUUUUUUGAAAAAAAAAUUCGGGAUUUCAAUGAAAAUUCUGAUUUUCAGCCUGAAUUCAAGAAAAAUGAAGUUUUAUAUCAUAAAUCAAUUUCCAGCCCAAAUUUCAUACUGAAAAUCGUGAGAAGCUUAAUUUUCAGCCAAAAUUCAAGAACUCUUUAAUUUUUAUUUUUUGUUACUAUAGGAAUUAAAAAUUAAAACUUGAAAAAAUAGUAUUUCAAAAGUGUAAGUUUUGAAACAGUAAAUUUUUUUGGAAAAAAAUUCCGGAUUUCAAUGAAAAUCCUGAUUAUCAGUCUGAAUUCAAGAAAAAUGAAGUUUUAUAUCAUAAAUCCAUUUCCAGCCCGAAUUUCAUGCUGAAAAUCGUGAGAAGCUUAAUUUUCAGCCAAAAUUCAAGAACUCUUUAAUUUUUAUUUUUGAUGACGCUAUAUGAUUAAAAAUUGAAAAAUAGUAUUUCAAAAGUGUAAGUUUUGAAACAGUAAAUUUUUUUCGUGGAAAAAAUUUCCAAAAAUUCAAAAAUUGACUGAAAAUUGAAAAUUUCAUGAAAAUCUCCCGCCAAAAUCAUUUAUCAGGUCUAUCGAAUUGGCCGCCGAGUUGCCUACGUCAAUUCCUCAACUGGACACGGUGUUUUGGCUCAUUUGAUGUCUUGGCUCAAUUCUUCCAUGACUUUUACUCUGCCAAUUAAAAAUGAGGAAAAGUUGGUUGUUUUUUCAAAAUUUAGUCGAAAAACCCUUGAUUUUUGUCUAUUUUCAGGCUAAAUCCGGCUAAAGAGACGAAUAUUUCGCUUUUGGAACGGGCUCAAAAAUUGUGGAAUCAGGGAAAAAGAUUGGAUGCGGUUAGAGUUUUGCAAUUGACUGAUGGAGCUACCAGAAGGUGAGGGGUUUUGGGGAGGGAAAAUUGAAAAAUUCUCGAUUUUUUGAGCCGAAAUUCGAUAAUUUUCAUGAAAUUUUGAGCUAAAAUUGAGAAAUCUCACGAAAAUUUGAUUUUUGAGCUGAAAAUUGAGUAUUUUUGCCUAAUUCUAGCUGCAAAAAUUUUCACUGUUUCAAAUUUUUUUCUUAUUUUUUUUUAUGGUUUUGAAAUCAAUCAACUGAGCUUCUUAGUAGAAAAAUUUACUACUAAUUUUUUUAUCGGAAAUAUUUUCAAAAAAAUGUGGAACUAUAUGUGUUCUCUUUGUUCAUUUUAGAACUUCGAAAUCCGAAUUUCAGUCAAUUUUUGUCUGAAAUUUUUGAGCAUUUCCAGAGAAUUUUGAAGACCUUGAUUUUUCAAUAAAAAAUCUCACUGUUUCAACAUUUUUUUUAUAUUUCCGGUUGAUUUUGCGAACUGAUGUGAGGUCUAUGUUUGAAAAUAUUCACUGUUUCAAAAUUUUGAUAAUUUCAAAAAACACUGUUUCAAAUUGUUUUCUUAUUUUCAUGAUGGUUUUGAAAUCAAUCAACUGGGCUUCUUAGUAGGAAAAUUUACUAUUAAUUUUUUUAUCGAAAAUAUUUUCAAAAAAAUCUGGAACCAUAAUUGUUCUCUAUUUUUGAACUUCGAAAUCCGAAUUUCAAUCAAUUUUUCCCUGAAAUUUUUGAGAAUUUCCAGAAAAUUUUGAAGAUCUUGAUUUUUCAAUAAAAAAAUCUCACUGUUUCAACAUUUUUCCAUAUUUUCUGUUGAUUUUGCGAACUGAUCUCAUCCCUCAUACUUGGAAAUAUAUUGACUGUUUCAAAAUUUUAUCAAUAUUUUAAUUCAAUUAUAAACCAGUUUUCAACGAAUUUUUCAUAGCUUUACACCUUAAAAAGUUUCCAUAUUUGUAAAUAACUUUACCAUUACAAUUUCUACUAACUAGUUGUACUAUAACUUCUCACAUUUUUUAAAAAAUUCCAAUCUUAUCUAUUUAUGUGAUUUCUCAAUGUUUGUGUAUAUUUCUCAGUUGUAUAUUUCCAGGUAUUUAACACCCUGAUGAUGAUGUGAAUACAUCGAAACGUUGGAACAAUAAAACAAUUAUCCAAAUUUACCGUCGUUUUCGUUUUUUACUGGUUUAUAAUUGAAUUAAAAUAUUGAUAAUACACCACGAUGCGACUACUGAACCCAAAACCCAUUAAAUGGUUUCAAAAUUUUGAUAAUUUCGAUUAUUAUUUUGGUGUUCUGAUAUAUCCGUGAAAAUAGGUACGGAAAAUCUAUUUCUAGAAAUUUUCAAGCUCUAAAAAUCUAGAAAAUUUGAAUUUUUCGUGAAAAUCAAUGCUUCUAUGAAUUUUCUGAAUUUUUCGCUGUUUCAAGAAUUAUUCAUAAUUUUUCGAAUUGAUUUUUGGUAUAUUUGAUAUCCAAUACAGAUAUUUUAGUUGAAAAUUAUUCACUGUUUCAAAAUAUUAAUAAUUUUUAAAAUUAUCGCGAUUUUCUGAUUCUUUUUCAAUUCUCUUUGCAUUUUCGCCAAUUUGACUAUAUUAUUGCCUUGGAAAGGUUAACAAAUUGUGAAAAAAUGCUUAAAUUCUUGUUGGAAAAUCUGGAUAUUUUGAGAAAUUCAGUAAUAUACGAUUUUUCCUCCAAAAAAUUUUCACUGUUUCGAAAUUUUGAUAAUUUGUGACAUGAGAUUUAUGUUCGUUUUUUGAUAUAUGUUGUUUAUUAUGACCAAACAUCUGUAAAUUUCAUGUUUUUUUUUCGCAAAAUUUUCACUGUUUCAAAAAAUUUUUAAAUUUUCUGGUUGGGUUUUUUUUAAUUGAUCCAGAUAGGUUAUCUAUUAAUUAAAAGUUUAUGGAAAAUUUGAAUUCCCAACAUUUUUUGUGUCAAAAAAUAAGAAUUUUGUAGGAAAAUCUAUUUUCUAGGACAACAAAUCAUUUUUUGUUGUUGAAAAUUUUCACUGUUUCAAAAAUUAGUCGGCUGGUGCUAAGUUGUUGCUUAGCCAACCGCGAUAAGAAAGAUGAAAGUGGAGAGAACCACUUGUAUAUCGUGAAGAUUUGAACACAAUUGAUUCCCGAUAAUUUAUUCUCAGGAACUGAUUAUGCAACAAUAAAAACAAAAACAACAAUGUAGAUUGGUACCACCAACCUUUGACCUAGAUUCCUAGAUUACAACAAAAAUGUGCACGAGUAAUCCAACUCGCAAAACACAAAACAAAACUAAAUUCAAAAUGAAAAACGAGGACGCGUUUGUGUGCACCUCAAACGCGUCAGUGAAGUGACACCGGACGUGUUUGUGGCACACGGCGGCAAGUUUGAAUCAGGGAGACUGCUACUAAUUGUAAAAACAUCUUGAAAUUUGAAAAUUAUUGUUCAGUAUAUGGGGCGUUCUCAAAUACAAAAAAAAAUCUGAAAUUUGAGAGGAAUUUGAUAUUUUAAUUCUAUUUUCAAUUUAAACAGAUACUUUGCAUGAUCAAAUCUGUCUGAAAAUGUCUGUAAUUUUCAGUUGAUUAUCUGAAAAUUUAUUUAAUUACUUUAGAAAAUAAUGUGCAAUUUGUACUGUUUCAAAAUUUUGAUUUCUUGAAAUAUUUGAGAAAUGUUUUAUUAAUUUAUUCACUUUGAUUAGAAAUAAAUGAAAAUUUACUGUUCCAAACAAUUUUCAAAUAAAAAAAAAAAAGAAUUUUCCGAUUGAUUUGUAAUAUUUUUUCAAUAAAAAAUUGACUGUUUCAAAAAAGUGUUUUGAAAAUUUUCUUGAUGAUUGAACUGAUUUCGAGACUUUGCAUGAUCUAAAUAUGUCUGAAAAUGUCUGUAAUGGUCAGUUGAUUAUCUGAAAAAUUAUUUAAUUAAUUUAGAAAAUAAUGGGCAAUUUGUACUGUUUCAAAAUUUUAAAUUUUUUUGUUUCUUGAAAUUUUAAAAAAAUUUGUAAUCAAUUUAUUUACUUCGAUCAAAAAUAAAUGAAAAAUUACUGUUUCAAAUAAUUUUCAAAAAAAAAAAGAAUUUUCCAAUUGCUUGAGGACUUUUUCGGUUCUUGUCUCCAUUAUUUAUCCAAUUUCUUCUGAAUAUAAAAUUAACUGUUUUAAAAAAUCUUCAUAAAAAGAAUUUUUUUAAAGUUCUCAAUUCGUUGGUGUAAUCCAGUUCUGAAAAUUCGAAAAUUCCAAAAAUUUCCCGAUUUUUGUGUGGAAAAUUUACUGUUUCAAAAUUGUGUGUAAUGAAAAAAUUAGGAUUUAUCAACUGAUUAUGUUCUGCAGUGUGUUUUCUAAAAUUCCCUAAAUUUUAAAUUUUUCAUGAAAAAUUUACUGUUUCAAAAAAUUUAUUUUUAAUUGAACUGCUGCUAUUUCUAUAAUUUCUGUCUUUUUUUCCAUGAAAAAUUCACUGUUUCUGAAUAUUUCAAAACAAAAAUCAAGAAUUAUUUAUCAUAAACACAGUGAUUUCAGAUAAUUGCUCAGAUCAAUCCUAAAAUUAACCAAUUUUCUCAAAAAAAAAUCACAAAAUUUUCAAAUUUCCUCCCAAAUUUUCCAGAAUCGCUUCGGAUUUCAUCGAAGAUGCUCGCCGCCACGAAGAAACUCUCUUCUUAACCCGUUUGCUUUUGGCACAUUCUGCAUUGACUUCAAUUCGCUCGACUUAUUAA